CAAGGAACAAACUGAACUCACUUAAACACGUGUUGUUGUCUUACCAGCUAGUUGCGCUGUGCGAUUUAAUCUUUCAAUUCAAAGUUAACUUGUUACAUUCUAAACCUACAAGUGCAACACCCACUGACGAGACGGUCUGAAAAAGUUUUAUUGCAAAUUAUCGCUCGCUCGGCUAGACGAGUCAGCCAGUUACUUAGUGGGUCAGUUCAAGAUGAUCGUUCCGAGUGUGGAUAAGCUUGCUAAGGCCGGUGAAAAGUACCAGUUCAGUCUGCCGGAAAAGUACCGGAAGACGGCCCUCGAUGAGCUGCACGAAAGUGAAGAAAUUCGGGAUCAAUCGCUGGCCCAACUUAGGGAUUGGAUCGCCAAAAAUCCGGCCAUCCACAGGUGCCGCACCGAUGCGGUCUUUUUGCUACGAUUCUUGCGCACCCGCAAGUUCAACCACAUUGCGGCCUGCGAAAAUCUGGAGCGUUACCUGGCGAUGAACCAGAAUUUUCCCCGCUGGUUCCAGAAGUUGGACACUACUGAGUCAUGGGUACAGGAGAUGAUCGAUGAUUGGCCCCUUCUGCCCCUCGGGUGCGACGCUCAAGGCCGGGUAGUUUUCCUGAUCAAAUUUAGCAACUUCAAUGUCGAACGGUUCAAGAACACCCAUCAGAUCCGGCUGAUGAUGAUGAUUUUGGCCACCCUUUGGGAGGAGGAAGCGUUGCAGGUUGCUGGUGGGAUAUUCAUAUUUGAAGAUACCGGACUCACGAUGAGUCACCUCGCCCAGUGGUCUAUAACCGAUAUCAAAAGUUUCAUCAAUUGUGUCAACCAUUCGCUUCCGCUGCGGAUCAAGGAAAUUCAUGCCGUCAACUUGCCCCGGUACGCGGUCACCGUUGCCGAUCUGUGUCUUAGUUUUGCGAGUGCGAAAUUAAAACAACGAGUUCAGUGCCACCGCACGAUGGAUGACCUGGCCAAGGUGAUGGACCUGGCGCUUCUGCCCAAAGAGUUCGGUGGCACCCGAACAGUCAAAGAUCUCAAACAGGAUCUUCGGGAACGGCUAACCAAAUAUCGGGACCUCAUUCUGGCCCAGGACCAGAUGGAGGUAGACCUGUCCCGCUAUGCAGCCUUGUGGAAGGAAAACGAGGGCAGUGGCCUGGAGGAUGGGACCGGUGUGGUUGGCAGUUUCCGAAAGUUGAACGUCGAUUAGGGUUUAUUUGUUAGAUUUGGGUUUUAAGCUGAUAAUUUGUACAUUUUGGGAAUGGGAUAGAAUAAGAGUUUGACAAUUUAAUAUAACUAUUAAAAGAAAAGUCACUAAAUAUAGCACCUAAAUGAGGUAGUUAACCUAAAUGGAAAGAAAAAAGUGUAAAAUUCAAUAGAAUUUUGUAGUACUUACCUACAUAUCAGUAAUCGAUAUUGUUGAGAGCACUGUUAUGUUGAUUAAGAAAAUUUAAAUGACAUGUGAUAACAAUAAAACUGAGCAAAGCUUCAAUUCGA